UCGCUUUUCCACUCACCCCUCCUCCCUUCUUUUCCCUAAACAGUCAUGUCUGUAUAUCUUAAUCCUAGCUCUUCCCUUGGGUUUAGCCGCCCACUGACCGUUCUCGUGAAGAGGACAUUGACCAUAACAAAUCCUCAUGAUCAACCGGUGGCUUUCAAGGUCAAGACGACCGCCCCGAAGUUGUACUGUGUACGGCCCAAUUCUGGAAGAGUUGAGCCAGGGCAAAGCACUGAGGUGGCAGUCAUGCUACAGCCUUUGAAAGAGGAACCGCCUCUCAAUGCCAAGUGCAAAGAUAAAUUUCUGAUUCAGAGUACCCUCAUUACCUCGGAGAAAGAAGAGAAACCUCUGGCCGAAAUUUGGUCCACGUCAGAUUCGACGAACGAAGCAGACACCGUACACCAGCAGAAACUCAAAGUCUUAUAUCUGCCUCCUGAAGGUCAAACAUUGAUAGAAGAGGACGAAACUGCGGUCAAUCAGAGCUCCAUAAUCGGCGCUAGCGAACAGUUCGGUACUGUCCGCCAACAGCCUUCCGUCAAUGGCCACAAUGCCAUUCCAGACUUCAGAAACUCAACCGUGCCCGAAGCUGAAGGGCACAGUCAUCACGAAGACUUUAGCGCCGCACAUGAGGAAUCACAUGAAGAACUUCAACAUCCGCCACCUGUAUCGGUUUUUGUUCAGCCACCCGUCGAAACAUCUCCUCAGGCAGAUGCUCCUGCAUCAAGGGAUAUUGAACCUUCAACUUUCACACAUUCCACUGCCCCAGAACCUGUCCCAGCACCCCCACUUCCUCCAGUAUUUGCUGCCCCCGCCAUCUCAGCAGAGCUCGAAGCUGAACUUAAAGAAGCACGAGCUGAAAUUGAUAGACUUAGAUCGAUACUCGCCGCGGCAGUGCCUCCAGCGGAGCUUCGUAAACGAACCAGGAGGCUUUCUGAUGAAAUCUCAGUUGUCCCUGGUAGCGAUGUCGGAACUGCCAUCGAUGAUGGUCCUCUAGCUCAGGAAGGUGUACCUCUACAAGUAGUCGUCAUCAUUUCACUUCUAGUAUUCAUAACUACUUAUUUGUUCUUCUAA